AUGACGCUGCCGGUGCGGUCCAUGUUGCCGUCGAGCAUCUCGUGGGCCGACAGUCUGCGCGAUCGCGAUGCUGCGCUUCCUCUCUUUGACAAGAACCUCGCCCAAACGGUCAUUCCUUUUCCCGCCGCCGCCGCCGCAGCCGCCGCCGCAGCGUUGGGCGUGCUCGAGGCCCUGCUCGAGAACAUCCAGGGUCGGUGGUUCAGCCAGCGGCAGACGGUGAGCGUGGCCUUCGAGAGCGGGCCGUCGGAGGUGUCCAUGGGCUCGGUGCACACGGUGCUCGCCCAGGGCACCAACGACCCCUACUUUUGCGACUCCCACACCGACGAGCUCAAAGCCGGAGUGAUGACGAGGUCGAUAAAGUCGUGGGACAAGGUGGGCAACGUGCCGCGCAAGUUCGCCCUGUCGAGCGUGGGCGUGGGCGAGACCGAGUGCGUGAGCUCGGUGACGGUCAACGUGGUGCUGGUGCACAGCGCGCCCAACGACGUCCGCAUCACGCUCACGCGUGAGGGCAAGCAGAGCGCGCUGCCUCGCGCCACCAACAUGCGCACCACCGUCCUCCUCAAGGACUUUGGCAGCACCACCACGCCACAGCAAUUCACGGUGAGCACGGCGCCCGACCUGGGUUCGCUGGCGGGCCGGCCCGUGCGGGCCGACUGGCAUCUCAACGUGGAACACAGGGAUAACGCAACGGGGACGGGUUUCGUGCGCGACUGGUGGCUCGACUUUACCUCGGACAACUGCCUCCAUUUCCAAGGGGCGGAGGCCAUCUGCGGCUUCGGCCAAGGGCAGCUGUACGCGCGUGCCGCCACCGACGACGACAAUGUGUUCCUCGAAUGCCCCGUCGGCAGCAUCAUCUCGGAGAUCGUGUGGGCGCGCUACGGUCGCAUCGAGGGCUCGUGUGAGGAUGUGGCCACAAUGAGGCCGCUCACGGUGCACAACGCAUGCGAGGCCUCGGCGGCCACGGUCAAGAAGCGCGUGGCGAGCGCGUGCGUGGGCCAUACGUCGUGUGCGGUGCGCGCCGUUGACACGCUCUAUGGCGAGACCGAGGGCGAGCCGUUCCUGUGCGCCGACGAGCUGGUCGAGUGCCGCGAGGACCGGUCGCUGCGGGCCGAACGGUCGACGCGGCGGCAGGCGCGGUACGAGUCGCGCGAGCACCACGCGCAGGCGCACAUGGCGCCGGUGACCUAUGCCGGCACGGAGGACCACUACUUGAAGUCGACCAUGGUGCGCCACCACACGGAGCCCUUCUUCCGCCCGCGCCUCGACACCAACGGGAGCGUGGUGGUGGCGCGAGACCUGAGCAUGGAGUGCAGCUCGGAGCCGCGGGUGAAGAAGGCACUCAUGGUGCAGGCCCGGUGCAAAGAUGCCAACGCGGCGUUCAAGCACACGGACACGCCGGCCGUGGGCAAGAAGAUGGUGAUGGCGAGCGUGAGCGCCGACUUGGACAACGACUGGAAGGACGAGGUGGUGACACUGUUCGGAUACGAGGGCGGCCCGCUCCACGCCUCCUUCACGUGGGCGGGCGCCAACGGCGAGCCCACGACGGCGGUGGUGCGCGACCUGGCCGUGGGCGGGAGCGCGGUGGUGCUGGGCGAGGGCGGGCACAUCGAGAUGGCGACGGGCGACUUUGACGACGACGGCUACCCCGAGCUGGCCUUUGGCUUCGUCGACGCCAGCGGCGGCGGCGCGCUGCGCGUGUUCAUGUGGGAUCUGCGCAUGGAGUCACAGAGCGGCGUGGCCAAGACCAGCAUGCAGGACCUGCAGCCGUGCCAGGGGUGCUUUGCGGAGAGCGAGAAGCUGCGGAGCCUGUUCGCCACGGCGGUCGAGGUGGCGGUGCCGGGGAGCCCGAGAUACCCGAUCAUGCUCACGGGCGCGGCGGCGACGGCGGCCGGCGUGGAGAGCGGGAGCCGGCUGGACGCGGCCGGGUUCGCCUACUCGCUGGCCGCAGCCAAGGUCAACGCUAUGCCCUCCAUGCUGGCGGUGGCGUGGAUGGUCGAUCGGAGCACGGUCUCGUGGGCGCUCUUCCGGCAGACGUCGCAGUCGUCGGCGGCCAUGCUGUCGGACGUGCCGCACUCGCUGGUCUCGCUGCGGCAGCCGCACGCCGUGGCGGUCAAUCUGGGCGACUACGAGGGCUCGGGCCUGGCCGAGCUGGCGCUGGGCAUCGUCGACGACAACGAGGUCACGCUCUACCUCUACGCCAUCGACCAGCUCACGGUGGCCUUGAACAUGACGCUCCAGAAGACGCUGCUCAUCGCCGAAGCGCCCUGCCCAACACAAGAUGCCGAGAUCGAGCGCGACGUGUCGGUGAGCUGCUACGUGGAGCCCAUCAACCCGGAGUUCGCGUACCGCGUGCAGCCCUUCGUGUGGAUGGCGCGCUCGCCGGACGGGCGCGAGUACCUCAAGGUGGCCUACACGGCCGAGCCAGGCUACUAUCCGGGCGUGUCGACGUGGUGGGAGCGCACCUACAGCAAGCCCGACCCGGCGUUCAACCUGCCCUGGUGGUGGACCACGUUCAAGCGCGACCGCACGAUGCUGACCAAGGAGAUGGUGGCCACGCCGGCGGUGCCGCGCGAGGAGGGCGAGGUGGUCGAGGUGGCGGUGACGGUGCGCAACAAGGCGCUCGUGGACGCGCGCAACGUGAAAGUGGCGCUGUGGCGCGGGAGUCCCGACAACUGCCUCGACGAGGCGUGCCUGCUCGACGACAACGCCCUCAGUACCCUCUUGUUCCACGACAUGGCCAACAGCGGCUACACGCUCCAGACCCUGCGGCUCGACCCCACGAUCGGACUGAGCCCGGUGAUGGCGAGCGACGGGAGCGGGUUGACGAUCGGGUACCACGUGACGGCGACGGUGCUGGGCGACACGUUCACGCGGGCCAACGUGCUCGUGCAGCUGUGGCACGGCGGCGUGGGCGCCACGGGCCGGCUCAUCGGCACGGUGCUGGUGCCGCGCGUGAACGGCUCGACGACCGAGACCAAGAGGUCCGAGGUGUCGGUCUUCUGGGCGACGCGCAACCCGGCGCUGUUCGGCAAGCAGGAGCUGCACGCCGUCAUCCUGCACUCGGGCUUCUCGACCGAGGCCGCCAACGUGAUCUCGCACGUGUCGCGCACGGUGAGCGUGGCGUGCUACGGGCGCGUGGACGCGUGCGGGGUGUGCGGCGGCAACAACGGGACGUGCGACGGGUGCGACGGGGUGCCGCUGUCGGGCAAGGCGGUGGACGCGUGCGGGGUGUGCGGCGGCAACGGAUCGACGUGCUGCAUUCCCAAGCCAGCGCAGGCCCAGCGGCACUACGUGCGCAUCGACCACCACCACAACAGCAUCGACAACGGUGGGUCGUCGUCAUCGUGGUCGUCGAUGGUGACGCGGGCGAGCGUGGGCGACCUGGUGGUGUGGGAGAACCUGCUCGACCGGGAGGUGGAGAUCAUGGGCGGGGCCUACGACUACAAGGGCGCGCCCGCGGUCGAGCUGUCGCGUUUUACGGCCCAGCCUGACAACAGCGAUCAGCUUGCCGACCGUGGCAUUGACACCUUCCUUGCGCUCAAGACCUGGCAGGAGAACGCGCCCGCGGGCAGCUCGGCGCAGUACGUGGCGUCCACCAUCGGUCGGGUCGGUGUGGGCGUGCUGCGCGUCGGCAUCCCGGUGGGCGCCUCCUUCAUCCCGCUGGCCUUUGGCGUGCCCGUGCCCCCCACGGCCGCCAUUUCCGCCGUCGGGCCUCUCAUCAGGGAGGGCAUGUCGUUCGCCCAGAUGGCGCAGGCACGGCCCCGCAGCGCUGGCACCACCACGGCCGACGCGGCGAGCGCCAACAACGAAACGAUGACCAACGACCCGACGAUGACGACGAAGCAGCGAGGCAUGCGCAGCCUCAUGAUGGGCUCGUCGAGCCCCAGCAGCGGCGGCGGGGCCAAGUACAGCACGACGCUCAUCGACGCCGUAGCCGCGCCCGGGCGCGACGGGAGAUCCGCACUGGCGCCGGGUGCGGCGAGCGUGCCGCACCGGUUCUUCAGGCCGGGCCUCUACCUGUGGCACGACCAUCGCAACACGGCCAUCCACGGCGUCAUCGUGGUCGAGCCGUCGGACAUCGCCGUCGACGCGUGCGGCGUGUGCGGCGGUGACAACUCGACGUGCAUUGAUUGUCUGGGCGUGCCGCAUGGCGCUGCCCGGUUGGACACGUGCGGCGUGUGCUCUGAUCCGACGGCGGCGGGCUACACUCCCAACCCGCCAUCGACUGCGCCGGCGUGUGUCAUGGCUCGGCGGCGCUGGACGAGUGCGGCGAGUGCACGGGCGGCACCACGGGCCGGUUAA